GAAUAAAGCUGCUGUGUCAUCGUCUAUCUCGUGUGUACUACCAACCGAAAGAAGAGUAGAGACCACAACGCUGACGAGAGUGGGCUCCUUCUGGUCAUCAAUGCAAAUGCUCUACCGGCAGCGGCACCGGCAGCAGUUCAUCUAGGCCAAAAUCUCGGUUACAACAACCAAAACCGACGUCACAGGCAGCUAUUUCCCUCGAUUCAUUGUCGUGAAAAAAAAAGCAAAAUGCCCCCCAGCUCGAAUGGUGGAGGAUCUUCGGCAAGCUCGAAAAAUGGUUCGCGAGCGGUUUCGAAGGAUUCAUCCGCUUCCGAAGCCAAGCGGUCCGGCAGCAAGUCCGGGGGCGCUCGCAAGUCGGUCAAGCAAGGCACCGGAGGUGCUGGCAGCAGCAAGCGCGCCUCCUCGAAGAACUCUUCGAACAGCGAAAACAACAAUCAGAAAGAGGAUACAGUCACGGAAACCGAUGAAGUGCCAGAUGACGUGGAUUUGGACAAAGAUGAGCACAGCUCGCGACAGGACGAAAAUUCUUCCUCCGUCAUGGGGGAGUCCACCGAAGAAGAGCUUCGCGAGCAGGAGGCCCUCGAGCGGCAACGGGUAAUCGAGGUGCAACAACGCUUGGAAGCGCUGAUUCGAAACGUGCCCACGCCGGAAACCUGCGCGGACGUUUUUCCUCGCGAGGAUCGGACAAAAGACUGCAUGGAGGGAAAGGUAAAUCAAUAGAUGCGCACGCGCUUUCAUUGGCAUCGUUGUCGUGUAUGUAAGUAAGUAUGUUUAUGUCGAUUCUUUCUGUUUUCGGCGGUUAUCAACAGCCUCAAGAACAUCUCCCUCAACGGAACGUCGCAGACGGGAUACGUAGUGCCUCCUCCGCAAUAAAGCCACUAUGUCAAAUCAAAAUUCAGGUUCGCGAUUUCCUAGCCAAGUGCGGAUCCACGGAGGAGGCGAUCUCGGGCAUGAAAGAGGACUGCGAGGAGGAGCUCGAAAAGAUUAAGGUUGCGCGGAAGGAUGUGAAGCAGUGGUUCCGCAACACGGCGGAAGCCGGCAUUCAGACCGCAAUCGGGGAAGCGCUCGAUGCUAUCAAGGGGUUAGCAAAGUUGCGGGGCCAGUUACUCGAGAAGAUCGAUAAGCAGUUGUCGCAAAAUAAAACCUGCAUCGAUGAGGCAAGAAGCAUCAAAGAAGCCGGGCAAAAGCUACGCGACAAAGUCGAGGACAAUCGAAGGUACCCAAAUUGAAAUUUAAUCAAAAAAAGCGUAUGUUGCGCAUCGCUGCUGGUUUCACUGUCCUGAUGUGCUGGCAGCUGGAGCUCCAGCUUCCCUGUAGUAAAUUACGUCGACGUGGUGGUCAACCUGCCUUAGUUCGCUCCCCUAAGUAUGUUUUUGAGUUGUUCUCCUCGCAUCAACCAUGCUGAUUCAGAGGGAGCAUCAACUACUACGGAUAUAGAUAGAAAGUUAACAUGUCUUUGCAACAAUGGUGUAAAGACCAAAAUGCUUAAGCUCCUCUGUGUCGAUGUCAACGUAGGUACCUUGCUUCCAUCCACGGCGAGGUUGCGCAACUGGUCCAGGACUGGCAGGAUAAUGUGGUCAACGGCAAGAAACACAUGCUGAAGGAGGGCGGGCGUUUUGUGAAGAUGGCCGAGAAGACGGUUGACCGGCUCGGUCUAAUCCGCUGUCGCGAAACGACCGCCAUCGACGACGAAGUCUACACCGCCAUGCUGCAACAGUACACGUAUCCGACAGCCCGACGGCGCAUCCACGAGAUCAUGGGGCGGGAACCCAUGAGCCCGGAAGGGCGAGCAGCGCUGAAGCUCCCGAUCGACGGCGAAGAAAAGGAAAAGACGAGCAAUGUACCGGGAGUCGCGACCGUCUACCCGGGCACCGCGCGUCCCGACGGUGGCGGCGAGGGAGCGCCGGAUGCCGAAGGUGGUACGGCAGGGGGUGGUGAGGAAGCGGAUGUCGAACUCCCAUCACCAACGCUCGAAGUCAAUAACGACGGUGGAGGUGCUCCCGCCGAAAACGAACAGACAGCGCCUCCUCUGGGGGAAGCUGACGUAGCAGACACCACUGUAGCUGCUGGCACCGAACCGCAAUUGUCAGGAGCGGCAUCCUCUUCGCAUGGUGUGGGGACACUUGCGGAAGCCGCCCCUCAGCAGGUUGCCGACAAGAUAGAAGUGGCAGCAGAGGCAGCACCCAAAGCGUACCAUUUUCAGUCUUGAGAUGACCACACAAAAAUCAAAUUCUGGCACGUUUGCAACAAGUAGACAGGGUAAAGAUGCUACUCCUACUAUUGUAAAUUGAACUUCAUCUACUUCAACUUCAACAAAGUCAGUAUCCAAAUGCAAAGCGAUGCCGAAAUUAAAAAUGUGCACGUUUUGUAAGUGUUUGCAAUUUUUGCCACAUAAGAAAGUACGAAAUGCAUGAACUACUUACCUGGUGCACGACCAAUUGUAAAAGCAAGCCCCUAGCCCACCUCCUACCUCGUUGUAUUUUUGAGUCCCAAAUUCGUAGUGGUAGUCGCAACCCGUCAGGGUGGAAUAAACGUGCAUUAUAAUAAAGCUGAACUACUAUGAGUAUGAUAAGCAUCAGUCUUACGUAGUAUCUAUUAGGCGGAGGUCGAGCUCGAGACGCUGGUAGCGCUCUUGACCUUAGAUACUCCAAAUGAACCUGUGUCCGAUGCUCUUCUUCACAUCCAUGGUGGUGCUUCGUUCGUUUUCCCUCGCUGGGCGAAGUUGAACUCGACUACUCUGAGGGGACGCUCCUCUGGUGAUUAUUCUCGUCCUCAUUCAUCCGAAAGUACAAAUUAUAAAUUCAUAGAUUUUCAUUUUGUCCACCAGAAUGAAUCCAC